AUGUUGGGCUGUCUAGCUAUAACUGGGCUUCCUUCAUGGACUUGGGCUCCUUUUGCAGAUUGGGUUCCCAAAUGGGGUGAGCUUUUGACUAUUCUUGGUGUUGGGUUCCUAGUAGGAAUGGCUUGCGAUUCCUUCUUGAGAGAGAUCUUGGAGAAUUCGUAUUGCUUGUCGAAGAGAGGAGUCGACGUGCAUCCCAAGGUAAGUCGAGCACGCCAGCUACGGGAAGCCCAGCUGGUUGUUGUCGUGGCAACGGUUGGCAGUGAGUGGCAGCCGUGGUGGAGCAGGUGCGCACAGGUGGACCAGCUGCUCCCUAUCGUCGCAGGUCUAUGCUGGAGCGUGCUUGGCCUCAUGCGUUACGAGCUGCAUCAGUUGAGUGGGUAUUGGGAGGAAGUCGGUGGUUUGCCCCCUGCCCAGGAUGUUGAGAGAUGGAAGCAUAGUCUAUACUCUAAUGAUCUGCCAGUUGGGGAGGAGGAGUGUUUUGCCAGACUCUCCUAA